UCGUGUCUCUUAUUCAUUGGGCUACUAUUUAAUAAUGGGCUCAAAAUGGAGAAAUUAAUAGGACCGGUCCAUUAUUUUAAACAUUUAAUUUAUAAUUAAAUCAAUUGGGUAUUUUUUUAAUGACCCAAAUUAGUUCAAUUAUUAAAUUUUAUCUGAGUGGGUUCAUAUUAAUAUUUUUAUAAGGUCCAACAACCAUCACGAGCAGUCCGAUAGAAUUUAAUUUUGCCCAAUAACUUUACAUGUCUGCAAAUGCCCCCUCAAGACUUGCUUGGACUUUUUCGUUCAGAAAAGGACGGGCCUGUCUCGAUAGUUACAAAUUCAAAAUUUUCUUUCUUUCUUUCAAAAGCUCUCAACUCUUCUGGGUCCCAACAAGCCCAAAAAUUCUUUGCAUAAGGCUGAUAGUAUCACAUCGUAGAUUUAAUACGGCCCAUUAUUUGAUCCGUCCAUCUCAAAUGAAGCAAUUGGAGGUUCCAUGUGCAUUACAAAUUAACCAGCAAAACAAAGGUGGUGUUGAAGUGGGAUUCCAACUUCAGGUGUCCAUAUUAGAUUCAUAUACGACAAGCCUCCCUAGUAGAACGUGAGUUCUACUUAAACUCUAAAAACCUUGAGCCCAUACUUGAAACUCAUCAAUUGCAUACGAACUAAAGCCAAAGCACCGUAGAGGUAGAGUUGAAGGCACUGUAAUUUUUCUUCCUUGUUCAUCUUUUCCAUCCCUUCAUCUUUUUUUUUUCUUUUUUUUUUUGCAGGGACAACUCAAUCGAUUAGCAGAUAAUAUGUGAAGACAAGAAGCUAUCAAAUUAAAGUUGUCUUGAUAUGCAGCUUAUUGGAGUAGCCGAGUAGCAGCUGCCUUGCAGACCCGGAAGACUGACCAAUUCUGCUCCGUCGCCGGUUUCUAUCUUGGUAUUUUUUCAGAAGAAGGUUGAAGGCUGCUGCCAUUAAUUUAAACGUUGGAAGAGCCGCCGCCCAAAUUUGACGGAGGGGGACUGAAGCAGGUCGCAAGUUGGAGGUCGUGCUGCUAUUUUCUGGAAUUUGUGGUUGUUCGAUGAUCCAAACCCAUCGACAUCGCUGUCUCUUUCGCAGGUUGAGGUGAAGGUCUGACCGCCGUUGCUGUUUCGUCACCGAGACUUGAGGUGAAGCCGCCGGAGAUCAGUGAUGAUAUGUCGCCAUUCGCUGGGGGAAAGCUCGUGCUGGAUCAAUUUGACGCCUCUGUUGCAGCUUUCGCGAGAAGAAGGAAAUCGCUCGAUGUUUCACGCGAUGCGUGUGCGAAGAAGAUGACGGGAGGGUGAGCCCAAUCGAUGAGUUGUUGCCGUGCUUGUUUGAGGUUCGAGGAAGAUGACCGGAGAAGCCCUGCACUCUGGAGAUUUCUAUCGCUACUGCGGUUAAUGUCCUUGGCUCAUCUGCGAACAAGAUAACAGCAUACGGAUACUUCUAAAAGACUUUGGCUAUGGGCCUUAUUUAAUGAUUAUUGGGCUUAAUGACUAUUAAGCCUGUUCCGGAAUCUGUUAGACUUGGCUUUCAUCAUCGAGUAGAGCUAUUAAUAUAAAGGAGAUCCGAUUUCCUGCUGUUUUAAGUGAUUUGUUCAUGGCGCCAUUUAUUGAAGAGGAUGGAGCUAGGCCUAUUGCUGGUUUUCAAUGCUUCUUGGGGCCCUUGGUUGUGCUAGUACCAUUGAUCUAAAGCAUUAGGCCGAUUGCCGAUCAUCGGUGUUGCUUGAGGCCCUUCGUUUGGCUAAUGGCACCGAUAUAAAGAAUUAGGCCGAUUGUCGGUCGUCGGUGUCGCUUGGGGCCCUUCGUUGGGUUAGUGGCACCGAUCUAAAGAAUUAGUCUGAUUGCCGGUCAUCGGUGUCGCUUGGGGCCUUUCGUUAGGCUAGUGGCACCGAUCUAAAGAAUUAGGCCGAUUGUCGGUCAUCGGUGUCGCUUGGGGCCCUUCGUUGGGUUAGUCGCACCGAUCUAAAGAAUUAGUCCGAUUGCCGGUCAUCGGUGUCGUUUGGGGCCUUUCGUUGGGCUAGUGGCACCGAUCUUAAGAAUUAGGCCGAUUGCCGGUCAUCGGUGUCGCUUGGGGCCCUUCGUUGGGCUAGUGGCACCGAUCUAAAGAAUUAGGCCGAUGAAGUCAUCGGUGAAUACAAAGCUCUGCUGAUGCCAUUUAUGAAGGGCGGCCAUUUUGCUGUUUAUGAAGGCUGGCCAUUUAGCUAGUUUGAAUGACGACCACUUCAACGGUUUGAAGGUUAGAGCGGCGCUGAUAGAAGAUGAUGUUUGAAGCUCAACUCAAUCAAUUUCAGGCGAGGCGCAGACUUGAGAACUCUCACAUCUUGGUAUGACUUUGUUUUUCGUAAUCCCUUUGGCUAAAAACUUAAUUGGGUUUUGUUUUGUUAUAACUGAACUCAAAAAUGAAACUUUUGAGCUGCCUACGUACUCCUAUGAAGGAGAUCAAGUCAAACGUAGUUCAUAUGUACCACUUGAAUUGGUAAUUUGAAGGGACCGUACACAGUUUUAACUCGUGCGGGCCAGGAGCUUGGCGUACACGUUUUAAACUCUCAUGGGCCAAGAGCCGUACACAUUUUAAACUCUCGUGGGCCAAGAGCUUGCCAUACACAUUUUAAACUCUCGUGGGCCAAGAGUAUCUAUGAUUAUGCUCACCCAUAGACAAAGUAAGAUGUUUUAGCAGUUUAGCCACUUACAACAUCAUUGAUGGUUUAGGCAUUCAACAUUUUGUUUGGUCAUAUGCAUACCCUGACAUGAAGGGUAUUGUAUCCUCCAAGUUCAUAAUGCAGGAGUUCACAUAUUGGUCUUCAUAUUGACCACGAGUGUGCAC